GGGUACCAGGGCCAGCCCUACUAUUAUACCGCGUACGCGGCUGAUACAGCAGAGAAGGGCGCUGGGCAGACUGUUCCACGCCCCCAGAUUGACCAGAAACCUAUGCUGCAUCCCCGGCUCUGGCGGCGGAUUCCGCUGUGUUCCGUUUAGAUGCCGGGUGGGCAGGCCGCGGCUGUGCGGUGACUGACGGUCGCAGAAGGCUGGGUCUCCCUGUUGUUCCCGUGCCGAUAGGUCAGAUACCCCGGAGGUCCCUAUUCCUGCAUUACCGGAGCUGCCAGUGACAGGAUUAUAUUAUACAGCAAACCAUGCUGAGAAUUAAAGAUCCCCAGAAGUCCCUACACUUUUACAACAAAUGCCUUGGAAUGACUCUCCUGCAGAAGCUGGACUACCCCUCUAUGAAAUUCUCCCAGUAUGUAAUGGGCUAUGAGGAUAAAGGGGACAUGCCGAAAAACAUUAAGGAUCGGACUGCCUGGACCUUUUCAUGUAAAGCAACAGUUAUGCUGACGCACAACUGGGGCACUGAAAAAGACGAGAAACCGUAUCACAACGGCAACUCCGACCCUCGAGGAUUCGGUCACAUAGGAAUCGCAGUACCAGAUGUCUACACUGCCUGCAAAAGGUUUGAGGAGCUGGGAGUCACCUUUUUAAAGAAACCUGAUUUUGGGAAAAUGAAGGGAUUAGCAUUUAUUGAAGACCCAGACGGCUACUGGAUUGAGAUCCACUGCCCUAAAAACAUGGCAGCCAUACUGAAACGAUCGGUUCCACUGCUGGACUUGCAUGUCUGAUCACAAACUAUUCUAGAGGCGUCAAACUGGAACGACGAGUUUGAGAAUUGUGCUUAGGUGUGACACAGAAACUGACUACUGCAGCAGUGACAGGGCGCAGGAAGCCGGAGACCUGCGGGAAUGUACUGGGAGAAAUCCCUGCCUGGACCUGCCUCUUCAUACACCGGAGAUUUUUUAUAUCGGUUGUCGGAAAUGACUUUACAGACUGUAGACUAUGAGGCUUAUACUGUAUAUAACAGGAGAUAUAUAUGUCAAUAGAAUCACAAAUGGAGGAAAACUGACCUAAAAAGUUAACACAUUAUGUUUUAUAUAAAAUGUCUUUUUUUUUUUUUUAAAGUCCUAUUUAAGUUAUAUAAAAGCCACAAAAGUGACUUUUACAGGUAAUAAAACAGAAAACAA